AUUUUCGUGUGUGAAGUCUUCUCCAGCUCCAAAAUCUGAGGGAGAUGAAGCCAAAGCAGAGCAAACCCACUAAGGGUGCUCAAUUUUCUGCCACUUCAAUGCAAGAUUCAAGCUUUAAAAUCCCUGUUCUGCCAGUAGAGCUCAUCAUGGAAAUCCUCUUAAAGAUUCCAGUGAAAUCUCUCUUGCAAUUCAGGUGUGUUUCAAAAUCUUGGCUUUCUUUAAUCUCUAGCCCUGAAUUUAUCAAGACACAUCUCAGUAUAUCUGCUAAUAACAACAAUGAUUACAACCACCACAGGAUUAUGUUUAGAUUGGUUGAACCUGAGUUCAAUCUUAAGGAUUGUUCCCUUAAAUCUUUACUUUAUGACUCUGUUACUAGAUCAUUUGACUUAGAUUAUCCUAUGAAACCCCCCCAUAAACCUGUAGAAAUUGUUGGUUCUGUCAACAACAGCAUACCCACCAGUGUAAUGGGGUCUGGGGAGGAUAGAGUGGACGCAGACCUUACCCCUACCUUGGAAGGUAGAAAGGUAGAGAUAGUUGGUUCUGUCAAUGGGUUGAUUUGUCUAGCCAUUGAUAAAGAAGGUUGGUUUCUCUGGAAUCCGUCGCUUAGGAAGUUCAAGAAAUUGUCUGACUCUGGAACUACAUUUAGUGGUCGUCACUAUGCCAUGCAUGGUUUUGGAUAUGAUGAGCUUCACAAUGAUUAUAAGGUAGUGGGUAUUUCCAGGAUUUUAGGUUCUGACAAUUCACGUCAUGUUGAGUUGAAAACAUGUAGUCUAAAGAGUGAUUCUACAAGAAUUAUCCACGAUUUUCACAUUGGGGUGCAAAUCGAUAAGUGUGGUGUGUUUGUGAAUGGGAGGCUUCAUUGGGCUAAUAAUACCUCUCAUAGACUUCGUUCUUAUAAUGGUUGGGAUAUUAUUUGUUUUGAUCUGGCUGAUGGGAAGCUGGGAAAGGUGGAGAAACCCUCAUAUGGAGAUGGAGAUUUUGAUUUUACCCCGUGUCCGGGAGCGUUAGGAAGUGAUCUUUGUCUGUUUUGUGAUAAUCGGGGAACUCAAGCUGAUGUGGAUAUAUGGGUUAUGAAGACUUAUGGGGUUAAAGAAUCUUGGACAAAGAUAUUUACCAUCAAUCGUCCUAAGGAUCAUCCUGCGGGGUAUUUGGGGUAUCUGUUUUGUCCACCCUUUUGCAUGUCAAAUAAAGGUGAAGUUUUGUGUGAGUUUGGAGCAACUAUCAUGAUUUACAAUCCAAAGGACGACUCUAUCAGAUAUGCAGAGGUUACCAACUGUGAAGCCUUUUCUGACGCAGCCAUCUAUAUUGAAAGCCUAGUUUGGCCCUUUUGCCAGAAGGAACCAAGGAUGCAAGUUGCAACAACGAGUACUCAAAAAGCUCGUUGAAGACAAUCGUGAAAUUGCUAACUAGGUCACCGGAUUUCCAAAAGGUCGAAGACACUUAGGAGGACCGCUCCUUUAUGCAUUUUCUGGACUAUUUGGCUCGAGAGGACAAGAGAUGCUUUGAACAGAGCUCGUCUCUUGAACAAGCAUGCAGUUUCUAAUAAAAGUGAUGUUUGCUAGUACAUGUUAAAGUAGACCAUGCAUGUGGUGCUUUUAAAAUCUACACUUCUUUUUUAUUUGUUAUGUGCUUUGUUAACUGUUAUGUGCUAUUGAACUUUCAGCAAGUCAAUGCAUGUCUUAGGAACAAGUAUUAUAUGAUCCCUUGUUGACUGCGUGGAUCAAAAUGAUGAAGCAUGGACUUUCCUUGA